AUGAUGUCGCGCGCGCCGGCCGCGGCAGACCGGCACGUCUGCGACUGCGGCAAGAGCUUCCUCCGCAAGGAACAUCUCCGCCGCCAUCAAGCAACCCACAGCGGCCCGACCUUUAGCUGCAUCGUGUGCGGUCGUUCCUUUAGCCGGAGCGACCUCCUCCGUCGUCAUGCCGCCAUCCACGGCUCGGCCGCCGCCGUCCCGGACUCGCGCCGGGGGCGGGCUUGUGACACCUGCCAUGCCAACAAGACGAGGUGCGACGGCGGCAAGCAGUGCUCCUUGUGCGCCAAGAGGGGCGUCGACUGCACCUACGGACGCAGGGAGACCGCCUCGGUGUCGACGCAGCCGUCACGCACCGGGUCCGGCUCACGGUCUCCAGUUGACCGGGCUGGACUCACGUCCGCCUCGGCAUCGACGUCCGCGACCGUCUCCCCGCCGUCUACCGCGUCCGAUCCCGUGGCCCCGCCGAGCGGCCCCUUCAGUCUCGCAGCCCCUGAAGCCGCCCACGGGAAUGGCUCCCACCACGAGGGUUUUACCACGAGGUCCGCCCUGCAGGCCAUCCUGCGAGCCGCGGCGGCGCGCUGCUCCGUCACGGCGCCCACGCAGUUGCCGUCGCCGCUGACCGUCCCCGAGUCCUGGCUCACCGCCUGCACCGAGUCGUACCUGAGCACCUUUCACAACCGUUGGCCGAUUGUGCACGGCCCCUCGUUUGACCAGGCGACGGACCCGGUCCUGCUGGUUGCGUCCAUCGUCAUGAUCAACUCGUGGCUCCACUACGACCGCGGCCUCAAGGAGCUGACAAUGAGAAUACACGACUUGCUUGUCGAGCAGUCUUUCAAGGAACUGUCCAACGACACUUACGACCCGAGCAGUCCCUGGCCGUUGGAGACGUACCAGGUCGCUCUUCUUAACAUCAUCUUUGCCUUUGAGACUGGGCGAGAAGCAUGCAUCAAGCGGGCACGCCGCCUGCUCAGUCUCCUCGUCGCGGCGCUGCGGCAAAACAAUUGCUUCUGCUCUGAGGCGCAGGACCGCGAGAGGAGCACGCAUUUCCCAGGCCCAUUUGUUCCCUGGGUGUUCACUACCAUGGAGCGCUGGAAACGGUUCGCCGUCGCCACGCUCCAAAUCGACGUAUUCCUCUCCCUUUUCUGCAACCAGCCGCCCCUGCUGCGGCGCGAGGAGCUCGACCUGGGCCUGACGUCGACGUUUGCUAUGUGGAACUCGUACGGGCUGCACAUUUUCUUCCCGCGGCACGAGAACGAGCCCUGGGACCGAGGCGCCUAUAAGAUGGCCUCGCUGGAUGUUGCGUCUCCGCAGCACUCGCCACAGGGGGUCCUCAUCGAGGACGUGCAGCUGUGUCUCCUGGGUACCUGGAGCGACAUCUGGCUGCUUCAGCAGCAGCGCCGGAACCGCAGCGAGGCGGUCGCUGCAAAGGUGGCCGUCGUGUCGCGCCAGCUCGAGGCUUACGAGCGCCGACUUGAUGGUAUUGAGGACGCCGUGGAGCGGCCGGAGCUGCACGGACAGUAUACCGAGUUCCUCUUCAGGGCCUACUCGGGCAAGGGUCUGCCGUCGGACCCCAAGUGGCGGGAGCGGGUCCUCGAGCGCAUCCACUCGACCAUGUCGAGGGUGAGGAUGCUGCAUCGGCUCCUCGGCAUGCACCUGUACGCGGACCUGCCGGCAGUCCGCGAGAUCGCGCGCAUGUCGCCUUCCCUGAUGUCGGAGCCCGACACGAGUGCCAGCACGCCGACGCCCAUGUGGCAGCGAAAGGCCCUGCAAAUCCAGGAAUGGGCCAUCUCCCCCGACAGCCGCGCCGCCGUCCUGCAGGCAAUGUACGUUUCGCGGACGUAUCGAGAGAGCAGCGCCGUCCUGCGAUCACACCCGCAACAGCAGCCGCAGCUCGCCGACCCAGUCGCGUACAUGGCCCUCUCGGCCGCGGCAGCCGUGUUCUGGGCGUGGAGCGUCCACACGGUCGACGUUUGCACUUGCGCGCCGGGGCUACCCUUGGAUAUCGGGGCCAGACGGCGGGCGGCCGAGGCGGGCCCCGAGGUGGAUGAAUGGGUCCGGCACGGGGUCGGCAGCAUCGCGCUCCACGGCAUGCCCGUGUGCAAGUGCAGCGCGGCGGCGUGGCUGACGCAUUUUGCCGAGGCGCUGGCCAGGGGCGGCGAGCGGUGGGAGAUGGGCAGCAUCUGCGCCAACGUGUGCCUGUCCAAGCUUGCCUUCUCGUGA